UUAAACUGAAAUUGAAAAAUUUUAUAUAUGUGAAUACAAUUAAGAAAAAUAAACCCCAGGCUUGAUUUGUCUAUAUAAAACAACAAGAUUAACAUAAUGAAAGCCACAAAACGUACUCACGAUUUCAAGGCACUUGCAUUGAAAUUGAAUGAUGAUUCAUCGUAUCCCCAUUACAUUUAUUUCAAAGAGCACUCAGUUAGAGAACAUACGAAAGAUAAACCAGCUGGUAGAACAAUUUUUAUUGUCAACGUUCCACCUUAUGCUGACGAAAAAGGCCUUACAAACGCGUUCAGCGAAGCGGGACCCAUUUCUUCAGUAAAACUUUGCAUAAAGCCUAACACAAUGGAAGAUGAUAUUCCUAAAUUUAUUUCUGAAAAACAGAAAAAGUCCUUUCAGGUUGCAUAUUUAGUUUUUGAAAAGGUGUCAGCAUUGGAUAGAGCAUUACAGCUGAGUGAAUUAAAACCCUUAAACAGUGAAAGUUAUAGAAUAAAAACUGGCAUACAAAAAUGGAUUGAAGAGUUCAAUAAAGAGAUCUUACAACCAAAAACAUUGAAAGAAAAUAUUGAAGCAUUUAUGAAGAAAUAUGAUUCCGAAACUGCUAAAGAGAAAAAGAAAGAAAAAAAAUUAGAACAGGAAGAUGACGAAGGUUGGGUCACAGUCACAAAGGGAGGCAAAAUUCAAAGUUUUGCUCGCACAGAAAAAGUAGAAAACAAAAUCUUAGAGAAAGAAGAAAAAAAUAAAAAGCGUAAAGAACUGAAGAAUUUCUAUACUUUUCAAAUAAGAGAGUCGAAAAUGAAACAUAUUGUAAUGCUGAGGCAAAAGUUUGAAGAAGACAAGAAAAAGAUAGCACAGAUAAAACAAAGCCGCCGAUUUAAACCAUUUUAAAAUAUAAAAGAAAAAAUUUAA